AUGGAAGAGAAAGUUGCAAUAGAAAUGAAAAUGAGGGAAAUAGGUCAUAAGCUUAAAGUUAAAAUUGAUGAAGAAAAACAAUUGACAUGCAGUUUGGAAUCCAGAAGUGCAUUGAUAAAUGAAGCAAAAUGCAUUUCCGAAAAACUUAAGGAGGAAAAAGAGGCUCUAAGGAGAGAAAAAAAUGAAUUUCAGAAAUUGUUGAAUGAGAGACACGCUGAAAUAGUAACGGAAAAAGAAGCUGCCAAUGAUCGCCUGUCGAAAAUGCGCAUUGAUUAUGAAAGUAGACUUAAAGAACUUUCAAACCUUUCUACUAAGGUACAGCAUGAUGCAUCCGAGACAGAAAAGAAAUUAAAAAAGAAAAUUUACGGCUUGGAACAAGACCUUAAGAAAGAAACAGAACAGAACAAACAACUUAAAUCACAAGUCAAUUCACUGUCAGAAAAGAUUAAAGAUCUUGAAACAGAAAUUCGAAAUGAACAGGAGAAAAAUGCAUAUAAAGAAUCACAAAUUGAAACUGCAGCACUUCAACUGGAGGACGUAACCAAGAACAAUGAGGAAUUGAAGUUUAAGCUUGUACAAGCUGCAGAAAAUACCAGGUCAGAGAUGGAAAAAUCCAGUGCAAAAAUUUCAGAUCUUACUCAAGAUAAAACGUCACUGGCGAAGCAGCUGAGAGCUCUAAAAGACAACAUGCAAGACCUACAAACUACCCUUACAACACAAAAGACGACAUACGAAGCAAAGUUUUCAGAUCUGAUGCACAAUAUGGAGCAGUUACAAGGAAAGAAAUUGGAAACAGACAAAAUGAUCUUUGCCCUUGAACAAGGCCACAGGGAACUUCAACAGUUGUAUGAGACUACAAAGGAAGAACUUGAUCAAUUUAAGCGUAUUAAGAAAAUGCAAAUUCAAAUGUAUUACAACAGUAGAUCCUCUUUGAUUUCGAAAGUGGAAAAUGAGCUCAAGACUUUGCUGAAAAGAGAGAUAGAAAGUAAUACGACGAAAUUAGAAUUUAUUGACCGUGAAAAGGUCAAUGAUAUUGCCCCAAGUGAACCACUACUUAUUAUAUGUAUAUGUGCUUCAAGACUUUCCACAGAUGCAUCAAAUGCAGUACAGUCUUUGAAAUUAACAUCAAAUAUGGCUCUGCUAGUGUUUCACCACAAGGACGGACAUGCACUGCCAAACCAGGCCAGUGAGCAUGUACUGACUGGGAACGAGUAUAAACGUUUAGGCGGCAUUUUUGACUUUGGUUUUCUUUCAGGCAAAGGAAUAUAUUCGUGUGAAAUGAAUGAUCAGAACUUCAGAAAUAUUGUGCACUUCAUACGUAAAGAACAGAGAGACAGUGGCAAGAGCAAAACGCCGGAUCAAAUGCUUGCUCCCGCACAAGCGAAAUGGAAAGAGUCAAAAGGGAAAACUCUUAAUUUGCAAGAGAAAGCAUCUCAUAACGACAUGUUGAAGGGAAAGGUAGAUGCGUCGGAAACACGUUCACAAUGUAAAAAUGAUAAAGGUGAAAUAAAAAAUGAACUUAAAGAUUCAGAAUGUCUGAAAACUAAAAACGUGAAACUUCAUAAAGAAAUAAAGACGCUGCAGGCGGGAAAACGAACGAAAAUACAGAGUUAUCAAGAAACUAUUACAACAGAAACAAAAUUACAUGAGACAAAAAUCUUAGAUCUUAAGCGCCAAUUAAAAUUGGUUCAAGAUGACAAAUCAGAAACAGAGAAAACACUUAAUUCUCUGCGGCAAGAUCACAAGAAACUUCAACAGAUGUAUGAUACCAUUAAACAGGAAAUUGAACGAUUCAAAGCUAUCAAGACCGUUCAAAUCCAGUUGUUCCAUGGCAGUAAAAUUCCGUUGAUUUCAAAGGUGGAAAAUGAGCUAACAGCAUACUUAAAGAAAGAGAUGGAGAACGUAGUGACGAAACUUGAAUUCGUGGAACGCGAAAGUGAUACUGACGUCGACCCAGACAAAACACUGCUGAUUGUAUGCAUAAAUGCAUCAAGACUAGGAACAGAUGCUAUUACCGCAAUUAAAACGUUAAAUGUGACCUCAAAGAUGGCAUUGCUGGUGUUUCACCAUAAGGAUUGGCAAUGCACUUCCAAGCCAAGGCCAGUGCAGCACGUACUGACGGACACGAGUUUUAAUGUUCGUUUAGGCGGAAUUUUCGAUUUUGGCUUUUCUGCUCGGCAAAGGCAUAUAUUCGUGUGA